AUCGGACGUUCGACAGACGUGCGUAAGGGACCAAUUUGUGUACUUUAGAUGAAAAAUAGUUUGUUAAUUUAAACCGAAGCAUACGAAAUUUUGCUUUGCUCUGAAAGUGUUUUAUUAAUAAAUUGAUAAAAAUUUAGCUUCAACUUCAUUCCUUCUUCACCGCGCAUGCGCCAAGAAUUGUGUCAGGGACAGAACAUGGCACGGCAUCCAAGGUCAUUCGUGUUUAGCUGUCACUAGCAAAAGACGGCUGGUGGAAGAAGGAAUCCGUGGUUGUUUGAUACUAUGAAUUUUACUCCACCGUUCGCAAGAUCUCCAGCAUGCAGUAUAGAACCGUUAGAUGACUACGAAGCUCCAAGAGCUCCACUACUCCGCCAAGUCUCCCUUGACGAGGAACGGCAGGAUGACUGCCAAGGCCAUUGGAGAGGCCCUUACCUGGAAGGAGAGGAAGAGGAGAAGGGAGUGAGGCUGUUCAGAGCAAUGCUUCUGCAGCAUUUGAGGCUAGAGGACAUUCGACCUCCGCCGUGUUUGUUGGUGCCAGCGAAUCCUGAUCAAAGGCCAUGGUAUUCAUGCGAUGAUCUUCAUUGUUUUAUCAGAGGCUGGUGGAUGUAUUGGCGAGAUUGGCGCGCGUUAGAAAAGGCGGCAAAGCGGUUUAGAGAAACCAAAGCUUGGGCCAGGCUGGCAGCCCGAGCUGAACAUAUACCCUUGCUCAGUCUGGAUGAGGUCGCCUUUGAAGAUAUUAUGCAAGAAUUGUGUCAUGCGUGCGUACACCUCGAGCAGAGGGCUCUAGUGGUGCUCGCCUUCCUCUGCGAGGUGUGCGCGCGCGCCGUGCGCGUGGGCGGCUGGUGCCGUGCAGCGGACUGGGCGGCGCGGCACGUGGCGCAGUGCGCGACGCCCUGGGCGAUACGGCAUGGCGGAUGGAGUAACGUGGUAGAAAAAGCCAGCGGUACUCGAAGGGAUGACACCCUCCUCGCCGGUGCCGCCAUAGCUGCCCUUCUAGCCUUCCUACUCUUUUGCAGAACACGACUCCGCGUCACAUUAUAUUGAAGACAGAUAGUUUUCCAGUAGGUUUUUUAUCUAUUGUCGUAGAUGAAUGGUUUUUGAUAUGUCGCCCAUUACUGGCUAAACCAGCAUUUAAAAGACUAGACUUUUUAAAAAAGGGCGCAUUUUAACUAACGCCCUGAAUGAUUCUAAAUACUGCGAUAUAAUAAAGAGGCUGAAAUGGUUAAUAAACGGUUGAUUAUGAUGCAGAUGAAUUGAGAUAAUUUCAGAGUGUAAAGCGAAAAACAGAAUAUUAUGGCACGGAAUAUACAAUGAGUUUGUGCAGAAUGUGUGAGGUGUAUUUGAAAGACUUCAUCAUGUACCUUAUGGGUACCGGAUAACAGGUGAAAUAUGUUUUAAAUUAAAAGGGAUUACUGCAUUCGAUUCUUCUUAUAAUUGUGUUAUAAAGUCAUCUGCUUCGUUCCCCAAUUACACCUACAAAAACUUAUUAGUCGAUACGCGCUCCGCCCCAUGUGGAGCACUGUCAUACACCGUCAUAAAGAAACCAUCCGCUCUGUCCACAUGUUCCAUAUUUAUGUCCAUAACUUUCGGUUAAUUUUCCUCAACAUCAUUUCAUGAUCAAUCUUCAUUUAUAUGAAAUGAUGAUUUUUUGGGAAAUUUUGAAAGAAUAGAAAAAAUUUGAUCACGAGGCUGGAUUCGAAUCCGCGUAUUUUUGCCAAACUAGCAACGCCUAGCC